UUGCAGUGUUUGCACUGUGUGUAAUGUGACUGAAUGUGUGCCUUGUGCCUUCUGUAAUCUGGCUUGUUUAGGUUGUGAUCGUUGUGCAUAAUUGUUUAUUAAAAGUAUAUUUUACAUUGUAUGACUUAUUAUACGAACUUAAUUCGAAUUUUGCCUGAAGACGGUGUACAGUAAGAUUCUUCUUAAUAUUUGUUUUACACACACAGGUUACAAGUUUUAUAAAGUGUAACAGAUUCAGUGUAUUGUUUAGGUUAGGUUUUUACUCAAAAUGCCUAAGUACUAUUGUGAUUAUUGUGACACGUACCUUACUCACGAUUCACCUUCUGUCAGAAAAACACACUGCCAAGGACGGAAACAUAAAGAUAAUGUUAAAUUCUACUAUCAAAAAUGGAUGGAAGAACAAGCUCAGCAUCUCAUUGAUGCCACAACUGCUGCAUUCAAAGCUGGCAAAAUUGCAUCAAAUCCAUUUGCCAGUACUAAAGGAGCUGCUAUUCCGCCUCCCAACAUGAAUAUGGGACCCAUGGGUCCAAUGAGACCUCCAGGUCCUCCUCAGCCUGGCCCCGGACCAAUGAUGCCUGGACCACCUGGAAUGCAUCCUGGCAUGGGACCUAUGAUGAUGGGACCUCAUGGACCAAUGCCACCAAUGAUGGGAAUGCCGAGACCACCUAUGGGACAAAUGAUGGGACCGAUGAUGCCAAUGGGUCCCAUGGGACCAAUGGGUCCAAUGCGACCUCCAAUAUUGCAACCAAUGAAAUAGAUUGCUUUCCUGUAAUUUACGGAAGACGGUGGCUCAGUUAUUUCUUCAGGACUGACAUCUAUUUGUUAUACAAUGUACUUUUAUUUUAUAAUGACUGUGAAGAAUCAGAUUGGAACACUUAGUGUACAUGAAAAGUUGAUGUAUUUAUUUGUGUUUAUUCAUUGUGAUAAGUGAGAAGAUCAGUGUUCAACUGAUAAAUAAGUAUUUUAUAAGAUCAG